UUUGCCUCUGUCGCACAACUUUAUGAAGUGAAAAUAUUUCACUCUACCGGAAGGGAUGUUAAGUGAAGGCUUCAUCUGUGGAAUACCUUACUGGAAUGAAUACCAAAAGGAAAGCAGGAGUGAGCAGAGACAACAAAACCCAUUAUACGAUGACAUGGUACACGAGUUGACUUCGGUCAGUAACUUUCUGCAUUGCCCUCACUCUGAUUCAUCAAAUGCAGCUCUGUCACUUCUUGAAAGGUGCAAGUCCUUCGGCAGGUCAUUCAGAUCGAGUGCACGGGAAAAGAAAAUGACACCAUUGGUACAGGUCUCAAAGGUGACUCCGAUUGCCAGGCAGAAGUCUCUUGUUGUAGAUAUCCCGGGAAGUUCCAGUGUGAGCAAGGAAACUUAUUUUGUUCCUUCGUGUUGCAAAAGUAUUUGUGACAAUUACAAUGACCUGCAGAUUGCGGGAGAUCACGUGUUGCCGAUUGAUUCAGAAACAUCUGGCUUGACAUCCCAAAGCAGCCAUGAAGCAAACAUGGGUCCAUUCUUGUAUUCACUGGAAAUCCCAUCGUCAGAGUCUCCUAAACUGUCAGAGUUCCCAAACAAGCCGUCCAAUAGUGAAACAUCUUGUUGGCGCAUUAGCAGUGCUAAAGACAAAAGCAUCAUCCAACACUCUCAGCCACUCACCAACUCCGUCCUCAAUGACUAUCUCGAGCAGAAGGUUCUAGAACUCUACAAGCAGUACAUGGUGGACAGCAUGGUGAAUAGUGCAUCGCCAACAAAAAUAAUGGAAUCAGAACUUAUAAUGAAUAAUGUUGACCAAAUUAGCAUGCAGAUAUCACGAGAACGGAAUAUGGAAACUACGAAAGCGAAGGACAUUGUUAUCAGCUGCUUGCUGCGACUUGCGAGUGAAAUACAAUCAAAUGAACUCAGUACUCCAAAUUUACAGAUAUCUUCAUGAAUGAAAACCACAUUUAAACAUGACUGGGGAUCUCAAGGUUACAGAUGUAAGUUCUUAAAGGUAUGGUUAAGUUUAGGUAGGAUUGCCACCUGUACCCUGUUCCCACUUGUUAUGACACUCUUUAGGAUCACCAUAUUAACCCAGGAGUCAAAGCCCUUCAACAUACGUAAUCAUCCUCCAAUGACAUGAACAAAAACCACCCAGUCGUCAGAUUACACCCCUUUCUGCAAUCAGUAGCCAGUCCCUCCAGGAUGAGAGAUGUUUAAGAUCCUGACUACUCCUCUAAAAUCUGAUGCAGGGUCUCGACCGGAAAUGUCGACCAUCCCUCUGUCUCCACAGCUACUGCCUGACCCACUGAGUUCCUCCAGCAGUUUGUUUUUUUGCUUCAGAUUACAGCAUCUGCAGUCUCUUGUGUCUCCAGCUAAGUCUGUGCAUAGUGUAACAGAGGGUAUCUGGCCCAGUGCUCCUGUCUUCAAAGUAAUCACUUGUGUGGAAUUUCUACCCAUCACUCUCCGCAAACUGCACGGGUCCUGACAACUCAAUUACAUCAAGUUUCCCGUAGCGGUGGCACACAUAACAAUGACAGGGACAUAGCUAAGUGAAAUAUUUUCGCCACCAGUUUGUCAUAUUAUCGCCGAGGAUUCACUGGCUCCUGGAAUGAAUAAAAGUUGGGCUGAUCGCAGGUAUCACACUUAUUCUUCAUAUCAAUGUAAUAUGUGCUGCCCCCAGUUGGUGGAGGAGGAAGUGUGGCUUGGAUGCUCUGGACAAGGAAUUGUUGGAUAUUUUAUGGCUUAGAGCAAAGGAGUAAAAUAAUGCAUAUUGGUUAUUAAAAGAAUUGCUUUUUAAACAGUAUUUUCUAUUGUAUUAUUAAUUAAUAAUUAAAUAGUACAUUGUGUUGGCUUCUUAUGAGGAACCAGCAACAGAAAAUAGAUUUAAUUAGCAAAAUAAUAACAAUAAUGUGGUAAAAUGAGUCUUGUAACAGGACCUGAAUGACAAAGUGACCUGGAUGACUUCUUUAUUAUUUGUACAUUUCUUCUAAUUUCAGCAAAAUUUCUUUUUGAAAUCUCUUUGCAGUUGAAGUGAAAAUGUCUUGUUUGAAAUCACCCUUGGUUUUUAUUGUAGGUUGGUUGUUGCUGUCUGCACAAAAUUGGAAGUGGGAAUGGGAAGCUGCUCGUCAUUUUGUGCACAACAAUCAGAUGUCUUAAAUAAUAUAAAAUCUGGUUUGUUAUAUUCUAUCAACAAUUCUUUUAAGAAUUAAUCGUUAAAGAUUGUUGUGACCAUGCACAGAUGUUAAAAUAUAUAAUAUAGUUAAAUUCCUUUAGAAUUUGAAUGUUUUCCAGUUGAAAAUAUACCUAUUGUGUUGGAAUCAUACUUCAUGUUUCAAGUUAAAAGACUGAUUUUCCUAUCAAU